AUGAAUUAUACCAACAAGAUUUUAACUUUAUUAAAUGAUAUUAAAUUUCAAGAAAGAAAGGUAUGGGUAGAUCAUCUAAAGGUAGUUACAGAACAGUUACAGAAAGCCUUUGAACAAAAGUCAUUAGUAUGUGAUGAGUUUUUGAUUGCAUCAUUGGCAGAUCUCUUGAUAGCUGUAUUUCCCUUCUCAUCAGACCCAUCUCUAAACACCAAGUGUCAAGAUAUUAUCAAAUUGAUCUUUGAAAUCCUCCCCUCUUCACUUCAUGACAAUGCAGAGUUGCGUGAUGCUCUUCGUAUCAAACUUUUAGAGACUUUGGCUAUAUUAAUUGUAUUCAAUGUUCAAGACGCAAACUUGUUAAAGAUUUUUAGCAAGGCUGAAGUAGAUGCAGCAAAGGAAUCAACAAACCCAACAACUAAAAAAGUAGAAGAACAAUUACCAAUAUUGGUGGCCGAUAUUUACAGUGCAGAUUACGAAGUGACUCUUGCUGCUACCACUGGUCUAAGAAAAUUGUUGGCUAUUGAAAGAAAUCCACCAAUUAAAGAAGUUGUCAAAGCUGGUGUCAUCCCAAGAUUAAUUAAAUUCUUGGAAGAAAAGGAUCGUUAUGCUUUACAAUUUGAAGCAGCAUGGGCAUUAACUAAUAUAGCAUCUGGUACAUCAGAACAAACAAGAGCUGUUGUUGAACAUGGAGCUAUUGCUGCAAUGGUUCCAUUAUUAAAAUCACCCAAUUCAGAUGUUAGAGAACAGGCUGUAUGGGCAUUGGGUAACAUUGCAGGUGACGGUACCAAGUGUAGAGAUUUGGUGAUUAGUCAUGGUGUGAUUCCCACCUUUGUAGCCAUCCUACAGUCAUCAUUUGAACAAACAGUUAGUGUCAUUAGAAACACUACAUGGGCACUCCAAAACCUUGUCAAGAACAAGCCAUUCCCACCAUUUGAAGUGGCCAAGCAGGCACUACCUAUCUUUGCCAAACUCAUCUACUCUCAAGAUGAAGAGGUUGUUGUCGACUCUUGUUGGGGUCUCUCUUAUAUUACCGAUUAUCCCGACUUCCAAAUCGACUAUUUCCUAUCACUCAACAUCUUUGCUCGUAUUCUCGAGUUGAUGAACCACACCUCUCACAGUAUCAAAACACCUUCUCUUCGUGUCGUCGGUAAUAUUGCCUCGUGCGAUGACCAUAUUGCCGAGAAGAUCCUUACACCUGGUUUGUUGUCCAAUCUCUCCGCUCUGCUCAAUAGUCAAAAGACAGGUUUGAUCAAAGAGUCGGCUUGGACAAUCAGCAACUUUGCCGCCGGUCCACCAAGCCAGAUCCAAAUGAUCAUCGAUGCUAAAAUCAUUCCCCAGCUCAUCACCAUUGUUGCUACGGGACACGAAGACUCUAAACGUGAGGCUGCAUGGGCUUUGGUCAACGCUACCUCUGGUGCUCAGGCCUCUCAGUCUGACUAUCUCGUCAAGGCCGGUGUUGUAGAGUCAAUGGCUGAAAUCUUAAAAACCACUUCCACCGUUGCUGCUCUUGUCAAAGAGUUGCUCAAGGCACUAGCUCUAUUGUUUGCUAAAGGACCAAACAACAAAAAAUACCAAGAAAGAUUCAUCAAGGCUGAAGGCAUCAAGUUGUUGGACCAAUACAGAGAUCACAUGGAUUCAGAAAUCACUCAACAAGCCAUAGAUAUCAUCAGUACCCUUAAAAAUAAUUCUGAGCAUCUUGAAGCUUUAUUAGAUACUAUGAGUAUUAGAGCAGAGUAA